UUCAGUUGCAGUGUGUCCAGGAGAUAUGCCGUUUUCCACACAUGGCGCCAACACAGUGUUUCAUUUCGCGAUAGAUGGAAAACGCGCAACAAAAGGAUGACACAGAAAGCUCUUUGACCGGCCGUCUGGUUGUAUGACGCCAGGCAGCGCCAGUCCUUUACCCACUCUCGCAACGAGACCAUGUCACGCGCGCGGCAUUCGAACUAACUGUCCGUUAACGAAAUAUAUUUCGAAUUUAGAAUCGCUUCUUUACAAGAUAGUGGUUUUGUUUUUUUUUUUAAACAAGGGCUGGGAAAAUAUUUCCAGCCAACGUCGAAAGAUAACAAGUGAUAGUGAUAAGCGAUCGAUCCGUUUGCCCACGUUUUCGGCAAAUUAAAAAGUGUAGUGCAGUGAUGCAUUGUGUGGGAACUUGGAAUCGGGUUCUGGCUUGAGCGAGAUUGCUGCGGCCAGUUUCGGUGGCCGGCACGAUGGAACACGCGCUGCAACACCGGGAGCGCGUCGGCGUGCAGGACUUCGUGCUGCUCGAGGACUAUCAUUCUGAGGCCGCCUUCAUAGACAACCUGCGCAAGAGGUUCCACGAGAACAUUAUUUAUACAUACAUCGGCAACGUGCUAAUCUCCGUGAACCCUUACAAGAACCUGCCCAUCUACACCGAAGAAAAGAUCCAGCAGUAUUACAAGAAGGCCUUUUUUGAGGCACCUCCACACGUGUUCGCAAUCGCCGACAAUGCAUACAGAUCACUGGUGUACGAGCACAGGGAACAAUGUAUAUUAAUUUCAGGCGAAUCCGGCUCUGGAAAGACCGAAGCUUCCAAGAAGGUUCUAGAAUAUAUCGCAGCGCGCACCAAACACCUGCGAACCGUGGAGACAGUCAAGGACAAACUGCUGCAGACCAAUCCUCUGCUGGAGGCCUUCGGCAACGCCAAGACCAACAGGAAUGACAACUCCAGUCGGUUCGGAAAAUAUAUGGACAUCCAGUUUAAUUAUGAAGGCGCUCCUGUCGGAGGACAUAUCCUCAACUACCUGCUGGAGAAAUCGCGCGUGGUCAGUCAAAUGGCAGGCGAGAGAAACUUCCACAUCUUCUACCAGCUGCUGGCCGGCGCGGACCAGGAGUUGAUAAACUCCCUCCGUCUACAGGGAAGACCAGAGGCUUACAAGUUCUGUAAUACAACGGAUUCGCACACACAAGCAACCAAGAUAAACGACGCCGACCAGUUCCGCACCAUCCGCGACGCCAUGAAGGUCAUCGAGAUAGGCGAGGCUGAGCAGGCCGAAAUCUUCCAGAUUGUUGCCAGCGUUCUGCACUUGGGAAACGUCAAGUUCGUGCAGAAUGAUAAGGGCAAUGCGGAGAUCUUGACGCAUGACGCUAGCAGCGGCAAUGUUGCUGAGCUCCUAAAAGUGGACUCCACCAAGCUGCGUUCAGUCCUCACCAGUCGCACGAUCGACGCCCGUGGAGACGUGGUCAACACCCCCCUGGACGUCGAACAAGCGCAGUUCGCCAGAGACGCCCUCGCUAAGGCCAUCUAUGAUAAACACUUUAGCUGGCUUGUGAAGAGAUUGAACGCUUCAUUGGCCCCCGCUCAAUAUGGAGCUAGGGACUCUGUUAUUGGCAUUCUGGAUAUCUAUGGAUUUGAGAUCUUUCCUAAGAACUGCUUCGAACAGUUCUGCAUCAACUACUGCAACGAAAAGCUGCAGCAGCUGUUCAUCCAGCUGACCCUCAAGCAGGAGCAAGAGGAGUACCUUCGGGAAGGCAUCGAGUGGGAGCCGGUGGUCUACUUCAACAACAUUGUGAUCUGCGACCUCAUUGAAGCUCGGCAUCAAGGUAUUAUCUCAAUCCUGGACGACGAGUGCCUGCGGCCUGGAGAUGCUACGGACAGUAGCUUCCUCGAGAAACUGAACCAGCGUCUGGACAAACACAAGCACUACAAGGGUCAUCGCAAUGUCGACACCAAGACACAGAAGCUCAUGGGACGAGAUGAGUUCUGCAUCGUCCACUACGCGGGUGAAGUGACGUACAGCGUGAGCACCUUCCUCGAAAAGAACAACGAUCUUCUGUUCCGAGAUAUUCAGGCCCUCAUGGCUACUAGCGGGAACACCAUCGUCGAACAAUGCUUCAAGGAUGCUAACCUGACCAGCAAGAAGAGGCCCGAGACCGCCAUCACGCAGUUCAAGAACUCCCUCAACGACCUCAUUAAAAUUCUCAGCAGCAAGGAGCCUUCUUACAUCCGCUGCAUCAAGCCUAAUGACUUCAAGAUGCCUAUGCAAAUGGAUGACAAGCUGAUCUCUCACCAAGUGAAGUACCUCGGUCUGAUGGAGAACCUGCGCGUUCGACGCGCUGGCUUCGCCUACAGGCGUACUUAUGAAGCCUUCCUCGAGAGGUACAAGUGCCUGUGCGCGGAGACGUGGCCGGUGUGGCGCGGGCCCGCGCGCGAGGGCGUGCAGAAGCUCGUUGAAGUCAUUAACUACGAACGCGAGGAAUACAGGAUGGGCAACACUAAAAUCUUCAUCCGCUUCCCGAAGACGCUCUUUGAAACCGAAGACGCGUAUCAAAUCAAGAAGAACGACAUCGCAACCAUCAUCCAGAGCCGUUGGCGCGGCUACUGGCAGCGCAAGCAGUACCUGAAGAUGAGGGCAGCCGCCAUUAUCAUCCAGAAGUGGGUGCGGCGGUUCCUGGCGCAACGGCUGCUGGCUAGGAGAAAGAAGGCUGCUGAAGUCAUUAGGGCUUUCAUCAAAGGCUUCAUCACCCGAAACGGCCCUGAGACGCCGGAGAACCGCCGGUUCCUAGGAAUCGCGAAGGUGCAUUGGCUAAAGCGCCUCGCCACCAGACUGCCCACCGAGAUCCUGGACCUCAGCUGGCCGGUCGCGCCCGCCACGUGCCAGGAGGCUUCAAAAGAGUUGCAGAGGCUGCACCGUGCCCUUCUUUCUCGCAAGUACCGCCUAGCGCUGUCACCAGAGGACAAGAAGCAGUUGGAGCUCAAGGUUCUCGCCGAGAAGAUGUUCAAGGGCAAAAAGAACAGCUACCCAGCCAGCGUGGGCAACCGCUUCGAAGUGGACCGCCUCAGCAACGAGCUGCAAGUUCUACGCGGAACGUUCAUGGCCUCUGCUGCCUGGCCCACGGGCGAGAAGCUCAUCUAUUCCAGUGAAGCCAUAAAAUACGACCGGCGAGGCUAUAAACCCCGCGAGCGCGCACUUCUCGCCUCCGACAAAGCUCUGUACGUGUUAGACGCCGCUGGAAGGAAGACCUUCAAGCUGAAGCACCGGCUGCCACUCGACAAACUGAGGGUCAUCGUCACCAAUGAGACGGAUAGCUUGGUGUUGAUCAAGAUUCCGCAGGAGCUGAAGAAAGACAAGGGUGACCUGAUCAUCUCGGUGCCGCAGCUGAUCGAGGCGCUGACGAUCGUCACCGACUACACCAAGAAGCCCGAGCUCAUCGAAAUUGUUGACACUAGGACCAUCGCGCACGACCUGGUGAACGGCAAGCAGGGCGGCACCAUCGAGGUGAUCAACGGGCCGCAGCCCGCCAUCCAGCGCGCCAAGAGCGGCAACCUGCUCGUGGUGGCCACUCCCUAAACGCACCGACCAGUAUUGAGAUUAAAAAGGGCAACGACUCUUCUUAUUUAUAUUUUCACCGAUCAAAUAAUUUAUUCUUCAUCUAUACCUUGAAAUUGAACCUUACUGUUGGAAGAUAAGGUCGAAGUUUAAAGUAACGAAUAAUUUUAAACAUUUGUAACAUCAAAGUCAUCCAAAAAUGCCUUUUUAAUAUAUAUGGCAGGGCCAUUUGUUCUGUAAAAUGUUAUAGGUAUAUUUUCCUGAGUAAGUUAUUAAAAGUGAAAUUUCAUGAUCACACAUAUUUACAUAAUUAUACAUAUAUAGUCAAUAUAAUUUUUAUGAAUCCACUUAUGUAUAUAACACCUGUUAUCAUAUAUUUAUAUUAUUUAUUUAUAAUCCAUGUUGAAUAUAAUAAAAUUUAAAGGCAGUUUACAUUCGUAUGUGACGAUACUUUGUCAGUCUUAUAAUGAUUACAUUGUAGUAAAAAUAAGUCAAAACAAAUACAAUUAAAGUUGAGAAAUCUUUCCUUCCUCUUUUUAGAAGAGUUAUCAGAAACGGUGUUCUAAAAAGGAAUUUGCAGGAAACACUGAUCGACAAUCGACAUCCAUUGGAUCAUUCGACCUAGUUUCUAAGGCAACUCGGUCAGAAAAUCCUUUUUAUUCAUAAGUUUUGAGUUUUGGGUAGUCGCUUGCCGAGUGUAAACUUUCCUAAUUUUAAUUAUACUUUUUACUUUUUCUAAUUAAUUGUUUUUUUCUGUUAUAAUGUUAUACAAAUGAAGUUUUUUCUAUGAAGGUAAUUUAUAACAUAUUUAAUGUUAAUAAUAUUUAUAUUUGAUAGUGAGAUAAUUUUAUAAAUCUACGUACAAAGUACUUAAGUUAACUUUUUGUAUGCCAUAAACUAGGUACGUAAGGAUUGCAAAACGUGUCAAAAGAUUUGGAUUUUUAGCGUUCUUACUGAUAUUUAUUCCUUAAAAUUCAACCUUAAGUCCUAACUUUUAUGAUACAUUUUGCUCUGUUGAGAUGUAUUAAGCUGAAUCGAAGGUGCCUAUCUAUCUUGUAGUUAAUCCUAUUUUCUACUAACUGGCACUUUAAAUUCUUUACGCACCUGUAUUAAAAACAAGAAUUGGAACCUACACACUUAACCCUUUGAACGCCAAGAACCCUUAAAGGCGUCGUAAGAAGUCAUGCCCGUGGCGCCAAGAACCAGUGUUGCCAGGCGUACGAUAAUUGUCGUACACGUACGAUAAUUUGGGCUCCGGUACGUUGUACGUUCCAAAGAGCAUUAUCGUACGCAAAAGUACGAUAAUUUCAGCCCUUAGACGAUGCCACCUUGCGUAUUUUGUACUAUGCGUACGUUGUCAAGAUAACCUUCAAUGUUUCCAGGGCUAAAAUGGUCGGAUGUUUAUCAUUUGUCUAACAAGUAUGUAAGCGCGAAAGUGACAGGCAUAGUGACAGGUGAUAAAAAUGGAACCAUGCCACUGAAGUACGGUUUAUAUUUGCUAGCUUAUGCCAUAGAUACUCAAAUUGGCGUGUGCAUGACUUCUUGGGUUUGAUAUGUAGAUGACGUUCAAAAGGUUAAAGGUAUUCGACACUCAUAAAAUAUAAAGAUAGGUACAUCAAUGGACAUUACUUGUGUACUUAACUGUACUUCUCCCGCUUGUGUCCAUGCCCGUGUGUGAGUCGGUUGCACUUCAUCACUUUAGCCAUAGUUAUAUGGACAUGCGAGAAUGUUGUGCCUUGGAGAUUUAAGCUAGUGCCUUAACAGUCAUUUGAGUAAUUAAAUGUAUUUUGAUAAA